AUGUCUUCCAUCCUCCACGCAUCUCUCCUCCUCCUCUUGGUGACCGGCUUCGUGCGGCUGCUCAUGGUCGGCCGGCGGCCCAAGAACUACCCGCCCGGCCCGCCCACCAUUCCCAUUCUUGGCAAUAUUCAUCUUAUGCCCAAACGCGACCUGCAUCUCCAGCUCCGCAAAUGGGCCGACCAAUACGGCCCCGUCUUCUCGCUGAUCCUCGGCACCCAGACGCUCGUCGUUCUCAGCAGCGACCAGGCCGUCAAGGACCUGCUCGACAAGAAGAGCAACAUCUACUCGGACCGGCCGGAGCUGUAUGUCGGCCAGACGCUGGCGAGCGGCGGGCUGCGGCUGCUCAUGAUGGGCUACGGCCAGACGUGGCGCGGGUUCCGCAAGCUGAUCCACUCGCUGCUCAACGUGGCCGCGUCCAAGGCCUACCUGACGUACCAGGUGCUGGAAAACAAGCAGAUGCUGUACGACCUGACGCAGACGCCCGAGGACUUUUUGUGCCACAUCCGCCGCUACUCGAACGCGCUGACGACGACCAUGGUCUUUGGCUGGCGCACGCCGACGUACCAGGACGACAAGCUGAUGCAGCUGUUUGACGGCUUCGCCGAGUUUGCCGACCUCAACCAGACGGGCGCCGCCGCGCUGCUGGACGCCUUCCCGCUGCUGCGCAGCCUCCCCGAGGCCCUCAACCCGACGCGGCGCCUGGCCAAGACGCUGCACGCCAAGGAGAAGGCGCUGUACCUCAGCCACUGGCUCAAGGCCAAGGACGAGAUCCGCAAGGGCACCAUUGCGCCGUGCUUCUGCGUCGGCCUGGCCGAGGCCCAGAAGAAGGAGGGCUUUUCGGACGACCAGGCCUGCUACAUCUCGGGCACGCUGCUCGAGGCCGGCUCCGACACGACGUCCAGCACCAUCUACGCGUUUGUGCAGGCCAUGCUGCUCUACCCGGCCAUCCAGAAAAAGGCCCAGGCCGUCGUCGACGCGGUCGUGGGCGACGCGCGCCUGCCCACCAUGGACGACGACGCCGAGCUGCAGUACGUGCGCGCCAUUAUGAAGGAGACGAUCCGGUGGAUGCCGACCACCAUCCUGGGCGCGGUGCCGCACGCCGUCACGGCGGACGACGACUACAACGGGUACCGGAUCCCCAAGGGCGCGGGGGUGCUCAACAACGUCUGGGGCAUCAACAUGGACGCGACGCGCCACCCCGAGCCGCGCCGCUUCGACCCCGACCGCUACCUCGACGACCGCCAGUCGCUCGGCGAGGCCGCGGCCAACCCGGACGCGGCCAGGCGCGACCAGUUCACCUUUGGCGCCGGCCGCCGCAUCUGCCCGGGCAUCCACGUGGCCGAGCGCAGCCUGUUCCUGGCCAUGUCGCGCAUUCUGUGGGGCUUCGACAUCACGCCGGCGCUCGACGCCAGCGGACAGCCCGAUCUGCCGGACCAGGAGAAGCUGACGCAGGGCUUUGUGUGCAUGCCCCAGGAGUUCCGCGCCACCAUCCGGCCGCGGUCCGAGGCACGCAAGCAGCUGAUCGAGGCGGAGUGGGAGGCGGCCCAGACGGAGAAUCUCGACCCUGUCACCAAGCAGUGGAAGGACAGCUACAUGGACAAGAGUUGGACGGUAAAGACGUAG